AUGGGCUCAGCCCACGCCGCCCUCCGGUGUGAAGCCACCGUCGAGCUGGACCGGUUAGACUCCGGGGAAGCGGCGGACUAUGAGUGCCCGAUCUGCCUGCAGGCGCUGGAGAGACCGAUCGAAACCCGGUGUGGCCACAUCUUUUGCCAAGCGUGCCAUGAGAGAAACUUCAACAUAAAUAAUAAAAAAUGUCCUUUAUGCCGGAAAACCACUUCCUACAUGGAGCAAUAUGCAACGGACAUUGAGAAGCAGAUGAUGAUCAAGAAAGCAAGCUGCAGAGGUUGUGACAUUCAGGUGUGCUUAAUCAACAUGAGGGAUCACACAAAAACCUGCUCAAGGUACCUGGAGGAAUACGGUUCAGCCUCAGAUGCCGAGACACUACCACCACCGACACCUGCCUCACACAGAUCAGCUGAGGCCUAUAAGCUGCAGGCUCCAGGCAACCCUCCCUUUCUACUGGCUCUUGUCCAGAUGAGGAAAUGGAGGGCCCAGAGCCAGGAGGAGCAAAGGCCUGAGCAGCUGGAGGCAGCAGAGCCUCAAGAAAGUCAGGAUGCUGGCGACCAGGGGCAGAACACAGUUGACUGGAUGCAAGCGGCCCUGAGAGCUCUCUGGGCUAGCUACAUACUGGCCAAAAAGGUUCUACUGAAUGCACCUCGAGAAUCCUGUUCCCUCCGAUCAUUUCACACUAAAACUACCCUGGGCCACCCGGCUGCAAUCAAAUCCACGGAGGAGGGGCAAACAGUUGGGCUGGACGACCCCCCUCAACUGACUGCUGGCCGGACCUUGGCUUACGAAGAUACAUGGGAGCAUACAAAAGAAGGGCAAAAUUUCAACCGUUACAUUUACUUUGCAGAGAUCAGAGAGCAUGAGCUGGGGAGCAGCUGUUUCAAAAAAUUUAAUGGAUGUCUAAGCUCUCAGCCAACAUCACGUGAGAUCGAAGUGGACGUUGACAAUGGAUUAGAUCAAGACAUAUUUGAGAUAAAUGAAGAUUUAGGAUUGAAUCUUGUAGAAGGGGACAUGAGAAUUGACAAGAAAAUUGACAGAAGCUCUAUCAUUGGUGCCAAAUAUAGGUGGCCAAAAACCAUUCCGUACUACCUGGAAGAUAAUUUAGAUGUAAAUGCUAAAGGUAUUAUCCUAAAAGCAUUUGAACAGUAUCGCCUCAAGUCUUGUAUCGAUUUUAAGCCUUGGACAGGCGAAGGAAACUACAUCUCGAUAUUCAAAGGCAGCGGGUGCUGGUCAUCUGUAGGCAAGCAACAUGAAGGGAGGCAGGAACUUUCCAUCGGUAAGGGAUGUGAAAGAAUAGGAACCAUCGAACAUGAGUUCCUUCACGCCCUGGGAUUCUGGCAUGAGCAAUCAAGAGCUGAUCGCGAUGACUAUAUCACGAUAGUCUGGGACAGAAUUGAAAAUGGUAAAGAGUAUAAUUUCAAUAAAUAUAACGACAAGAAAAGUAGUGACCUCAACAUACCCUAUGACUACACCUCUGUGAUGCACUACAGUUCUACAGCGUUUAAUAACGGUACCAAGCCAACAAUAGUCACCAAGAUUGAGGAGUUCAGUGAUGUGAUUGGGCAACGGUUAGAUUUCAGUGACUAUGAUGUCCUGAGACUCAACCGACUCUACAACUGCUCUUCCUCGCUUAGCUUUAUGGAUAGGUGCAGCUUUGAACUGGAAAGUAUUUGUGGCAUGAUUCAAGGCCUAGGAAACAAUGCAGUUUGGGAACGAGUCACCCAGGUCUCGGCUGGACCUGACCAAGAUCACACCAACAUGGGUAACUGUGCAGGUAUCGGGUACUUCAUGUAUUUCAGUACCAGCACUGGACUGGCGGGAAACAAUACCCUUUUGGAAAGUAGGAUCUAUUACCCUAAGCGAGGCUUUCAAUGUUUGGAGUUCUAUUCUUUCAACAGUGGAAGCGAGAACGAUGAGCUGAACAUUUGGGUCAGAGUUUACAAUGAAACUAAUACCAACGGUAUUCUAACAAAAAUCAUUGGAAUGAAAGGAGCAGGUCUGAAUUAUUGGCAGCUUCACCACGUUAGCUUGGCUAUCUCCGACAAGUUCCGUGUUGUGUUCGAAGGAGUGAAAGGGACUGGUAGCUCCACUGGAGGAAUCUCAAUUGAUGAUAUUAACCUCUCGGAAACGCACUGCCCCACACAUGUGUGGCACAUCAAGAACUUUACCCACCUUUUAAAAACAAGUCCAUCGGGGAAAGCCGGCAAAAUUUACAGCCCAAGAUACUACUCGAGCGACGGAUACGCCUUUCAGAUUGCCGUGUAUGUAAAUGGGACGAGCAGACGGCCCUUUUACCUUGCUGUAUUUUUCCAUUUGGUCAGUGGAGUUAAUGAUACCAAUUUACAAUGGCCAUGCCCUUGGAAGCAAGGGACUAUGCUGUUAAUGGAUCAACAUCCAGAUAUUAGGCGUCGCAUGUCCCAUCAAAGAAGUGUAACCACGGACCCCAGUGAAGGCAACCAAACAUUCCACAUUUGGGACAGGCCAGACCUUGUAGGAGAUUUAGUGACAGAGUCCGAUGGCACCUCGUACUACCGGGGGCCGGGAAAAGGAACAAUGGUAUUUUUGUCCCAUGAGAGAUUGAAAAGCAGAGAGUUCAUCAAGGGAGAUGGCGCCUAUUUCCUAUUAACCAUGGAAGCGGCGGAAGUGCGGUCAGGCAACCUGCCCCCUGAUGAGCCAAUUGAGGUCCUCAGUGCCAAACCCACCGCCAGUGCUACUGAAGGCAGCACCACUGAACCAUCAGCUGAGAUUCCAGGAUUAUGCUCUGACCUUCAGUGUCAAAAUGAAGGUAUCUGCGUUGUAGAUAAUGGAGAACCAGUAUGCAGGUGUACAACAGGUACGGAUUGGUGGUAUUCUGGCAAAUACUGUGAGACUCAUAGCAAACAGGAAGACACUGUUGUAAUUGCAGUGGCCUCAUCCAUAUCUGUGUUCCUGGUCAUGCUGAUAAUCACAUUGCUUAGUGUAUACUGCUUGAGACGAAAAUAUCAGAAGGUGGGCAAGAAUGAUGGAGAACAAGGAAUGGGUGUCAUCAACGAGGCAGUAGCCAGCGAUCUGACGGUGAUAGGUUUUGCGAUCGAAGGUUCAACUCCCCACUGA